AUGAAAAGUGCUACUUGUGUUUGCAAAGUAAUUUUUCUCCUUCUUGUUGUGGGUUUAGUUUGUGAAGGACAAGUAGUGGUUAGUUCAGGAUUUGUUGAAACAAGAGGCACCGGGUUUAUAGUAGAUGGUUCUCCAUUCUUGUUCAAUGGAUUCAACUCCUAUUGGAUGAUGACUGUGGCAUCGCAGCCGAGCCAGAGGUCCAAGAUCUCCGACGUCUUCAGGGAGGCUGCUGCCGCAGGCCUCACUGUCUGCAGGACAUGGGCAUUCAGCGAUGGAGGUGACCGAGCUCUCCAAAUGUCUCCCAGACUUUACAAUGAGGCUGUCUUUCAGGGGCUUGAUUUUGUGAUAUCGGAGGCAAGAAAAUAUGGGGUGAAACUGAUACUGAGUUUGAGCAACAAUUACGAAGACUAUGGAGGAAAGGCUCAAUACGUGCAGUGGGCCAGAAAUGCUGGCGUGCCCGUUAGUGGUGAAGAUGACUUCUACACCAAUGCAGUUGUCAAGUCCUACUACAAGAACCAUGUCAAGAAAGUGCUAACAAGGAUCAACACAUUCACUCGCAUAGCUUACAAAGAUGACUCCACCAUCAUGGCUUGGGAACUCAUGAAUGAGCCCCGCUGCCAAGCUGAUUACUCUGGCAAGACUGUCAAUGGAUGGGUUCAAGAGAUGGCAAGCUAUGUGAAAUCAAUGGACAACAAGCACCUGUUGGAAGUAGGCAUGGAGGGUUUCUAUGGGGACUCCAUUCCGGACAGAAAGCAGUACAAUCCUGGCUACCAAGUCGGCACAGACUUCAUCACCAACAAUCAGAUUAAGGAAAUCGAUUUCACAACCAUCCAUGCAUAUCCUGACAUCUGGCUCUCUGGACAGAAUGACAACUUGCAGAUGGCGUUUGUGCAGAAAUGGCUGACAACUCACUGGACGGACUCAAGGACGAUUCUGAAGAAGCCUCUGGUUUUCUCCGAAUUUGGGAAAUCGAAGAAAGACCCGGGAUACAGUGAGAGCGCUAGGGACGCCUUCUUGUACACGCUUUACACCAAGAUAUAUGAGUUGGCAAGAAGUGGGGGAGGGAUUGGUGGUGGAUUGGUUUGGCAAAUCAUGGCACAAGGCAUGGAUUCAUACUAUGAUGGCUACGAGAUUGUUCUGUCUCAGAAUCCAUCAGCCGCUGCUGUUAUUUCUCAACAGUCUAGGAAGAUGACUGCGCUUGAACAUGCAUAA